GUACCCCCAUCCAUCCAUCCCUGCAUCCCCGCAUCCCCGCCCGGGAUCCCCCACACCCCCGGGGUCACCGUCCCCACCCGCCCCGCUGCCUCUCUGUCCCCUCCCUGUCCCCUCUCUGUCCCCUCCCUGCCCUCGGGGGUGCCCCCGGUCGCUCUCCGCGGGUUGUUGGUGCCAUUCUCCCGGGCUGAGCCUCCCCAGCGCAACCUGCCCGCGGGAGGCUCUGCUUUUUAUCCUUUUAAUUAUUUUUAGCAUUAAUUAUAAUUUCCAAUUUUACUAUUCAUUUUUACCCCCUCCUGGCCCCGCCCGGGGAGCGCGGGAUGGGGCUCGGGGGGCAGCCCCCGCUCGGCGUCCCCGGGGAGCGCUGCCCGUGGUAGGUGUCCCCGGGGCUGUCCCCACCAGGGACAGGGCACCAUGGGCCAGGGGGGCAUGGGGCUGCCCGGGGCGCUCAGCCUGCCCGGGGCGCUGCCAGCCGGGCCCCCGCUGCUGCUGGACGCGGGGCACACGGUCCCUCCCGCCGGGGAUGCUCUGAGCCACGCACGGAGCCUGGAUUGCUGGGAGGUUCGGGAGCACAACAGCUCCGAGUGGUGCCACUUCAUCCGGAGCAACCCCGACUGCCGGCUCGACGGGGGCUUCCUCGACUACCUCGAUGGGGUUUUCUGUGUCUUCCCGCCCCGGCUGCUGCCCCUGGCUGUCACCCUCUAUGCUCUCUGGCUCCUGUACCUGUUCAUCAUCCUCGGUGUGACAGCAGAGAAGUUCUUCUGCCCCAAUUUAUCAGCCAUCUCCACCAACCUGAAGCUGUCCCACAACGUGGCAGGUGUCACCUUCCUGGCCUUUGGGAACGGGGCUCCUGAUGUCUUCAGUGCUGUGGUGGCUUUCUCUGACCCCCGGACAGCAGGGUUGGCCAUUGGGGCCAUCUUUGGUGCCGGUGUGUUUGUGACCACGGUGGUGGCCGGGGGCAUCGCCCUGGUCAAGCCCUUCACGGCCGCCUCCAGGCCCUUCCUCAGGGACAUCAUCUUCUACAUGGUGGCCGUCUUCCUCACCUUCGUGGUGCUCUACCUGGGCAGGAUCAGGCUGGGAGAGGCUCUGGGUUACCUGGGGCUCUACGUGUUCUACGUGCUCACCGUGGUGCUCUGCACCUGGAUCCACCGGCGGCAGCGCGGGGACGGGCUGGCCUCUCCCGGAGCCUGGGAGCCAGAGAUGCCGACAGAUGCGGAAGAGCCGGAGCCCUCGAGCACGAACAGCGGGGACUAUGGGGAGGAGUACCGGCCCCUGCUGCCCUCCCGGGAGAGCUCCCUGCGCAUCCUCGCCUCGGCCCUCAGCCCCCUGGACUCCCGCAAGUGGAGGAGGAAGCCCUGGUACUGGCGGCUCUUCAAGGCCUUCAGGGUGCCCGUGGAGCUGGUGCUGCUGCUCACCGUUCCUGUUGUGGACCCCGACAAGGAUGACCUGAACUGGAAGAGACCCCUCAACUGCCUGCACAUCCUCACCAGCCCCCUGCUCUGCGUCCUCACCCUGAAGUCAGGCGCCUAUGGACUCUACCAGAUCCAGGGCAUCUUCCCAGUCUGGGCACUGGUCACACUGGUUGCCUCUGCCCUGGCCCUCAUCAUCUUCAUCACCACGAGCAACGAGGAGCCACCCAAGUACCACUGUGUGUUUGCCUUCCUUGGGUUUUUGGCCAGUGCCAUGUGGAUCAACGCCGCCGCCACGGAGCUGGUGAACAUCCUGCGCACCCUGGGCAUCAUCUUCCAGCUCAGCAACACCGUGCUGGGCCUCACACUGCUGGCCUGGGGCAACAGCAUCGGGGACACCUUCUCCGACCUGACCAUGGCCCGGCAGGGCUAUCCCCGCAUGGCCUUCUCCGCCUGCUUCGGGGGCAUCAUCUUCAACAUCCUGGUCGGCGUGGGGCUGGGCUGCCUGCUGCAGAUGACCAGCAGCCAGCCGCUGGUGAAGCUGGAGCCCGACAGCCCCCUGGUGUGGGUGCUGGCCGGGGCGCUGGGGCUGAGCCUGGUGUUCUCCUUGGUGACGGUGCCGGCGCAGUGCUUCCAGCUGGGACAGCCCUAUGGCGUCUGCCUCAUCGCCUCCUACCUGCUGUUCCUGUGCGUGGCCCUGCUCACCGAGUUCAGGGUCAUCCAUUUCUCCACCCCCUGAGCAGCUCCAGCCCCGGAGCUCGCUCUGCCUCCCACUGCAGCGGGGCCUGGCCGUGCCCUCCCUGUCCCUGCCAGGGGACAAGGGCACCUCCACCUCACCGUGCUGCUGGAGCUGCCAGCCAGCCCUGGGGCCCUGCUGUGCUCUGGGGAAGGAGCUCUCAGUGCCCACAUCCUCUCCUUUCAUCUGUAAUUUAGGGAACUCUGGGCAGGAGCAGCAUCAAAACCUCAGCUGUGUCAGGGGGCAGAGCAGGAGCAUGGGGAAGCUCCAGCUGGGGGGCACAGAACGGGAGGUUCUGCUCCUGAGCUCACCUUCCCCUCCUGAGCUCCCUGCCACGCUCUGGGACAGAGCUGGGACAGCUGAGAGUGGGUUUUGCCUCCUCAGCUUCACCUUCCUCUCCUGAGCUCCCUGCCAGGCUCUGGGACAGAGUUGGGACAGUUGACAUUUGGUUCUGCCUCCUCAGCUCCAUGCCACGCUCUGGGACAGAGCUGGGGCAGCACAGGGUGGCACUGCCACAGCCCAGGCACACAUCUGUCCUCAGGAAGGACUGUCCCUGUUGGCACUAGGGGCUGGAGCAGCAGACAGGGCACAGCCAGACAGGGUUAAGGGGACACUGCUCCAGGGAUGCACUGGGUUUAGUGCAAGCAAAGCCUGAGGGAAAAACAAACACCAAACCAAGGGAGGUUGGUUUUUCCCCUGCUUUUUUUAGUAAUGUUUUUCAACCUGAGUUUCAGAUCCUACUUUUCUCCUCCUCCUGGGGUGGGCAGAGCUGUAGGAAAGGACUUGGAGGUUUCCACAAACAGUGUUGACCUCUGGCAGGACUAGAUUUAGGCACUGUAAAAAACUGCAAUAAAAAAAAACAAACACCAACACAA